AUGGCGGACCUUGUCGACCAUUCACCCCGCCAUCCUACGAUAGCCGCGAAACUCAGCAGUGCCUCGAAUGUUAUUUUGAUCGACAACUACGACUCAUUCACCUGGAACGUUUAUCAAUACCUUGUGCUUGAGGGUGCAACUGUCUCUGUAUUUCGAAAUGAUGAAGUCACCGUGGCGGAUUUGAUCGCGAAGAAACCAACGCAACUUGUCAUCAGCCCCGGGCCCGGCCAUCCAGAGACCGACGCUGGAGUGAGCAAUGAAGCUAUCAAGUACUUUAGUGGAAAGAUUCCGAUCUUCGGCGUUUGCAUGGGUCAGCAAUGCAUGAUCACCAGCUUUGGGGGUAAAGUCGACGUGACCGGAGAGAUUCUACAUGGCAAGACCUCGGUCUUGAAGCAUGAUGCCAAAGGCGUCUAUGAGGGGUUGCCGGCAGGGCUCUCUGUUACCCGGUAUCACUCUCUGGCAGGAACUCAUUCGACAGUUCCUGAUUGUAUGGAGGUGACCUCUUGGGCUGAGCUCGAAGACGGAAGCGGCAAUAACGUGAUCAUGGGAGUGAGGCAUAAGGAACUCACAGUGGAGGGUGUGCAAUUCCACCCUGAGAGCAUUCUCACUGAAUACGGACGCACAAUGUUCAGAAACUUCCUGAAACUGACUGCGGGUACCUGGCGGGAAAACAAUGGCGGCCCAACGCCUCAGCCAGCACCUUCUGCGGACAAAAAGUUGUCAAUCCUGGACAAGAUUUACGCCCAUCGAAGAAAUGCGGUUGAGGAGCAGAAGAAGAUUCCAGCAUUGAGUCCCGAGGCCCUCCAGGCUGCCUAUGACCUGAAUAUUGCGCCACCGCAAAUCUCUUUUCCCGAUCGACUAAGGCAGUCUGCCUACCCCUUAUCUCUGAUGGCAGAGAUCAAGCGCGCAUCUCCUUCCAAGGGUAUCAUUUCAGCAAAUGUCUGUGCUCCUGCCCAGGCGCGCGAAUACGCUAAGGCUGGCGCCAGUGUCAUUUCCGUUUUGACGGAACCCGAAUGGUUCAAGGGUACAAUCGACGAUCUGCGGGCAGUUCGCCAGAGCCUUGAAGGGCUCACAAAUCGACCUGCUCUUUUGCGAAAGGAAUUUGUCUUUGACGAGUACCAAAUUUUGGAGGCGCGUCUGGCUGGUGCUGACACGGUUCUGCUCAUUGUGAAGAUGCUCAGCGUUGAGCUCCUCACCAGGUUGUUCAACUAUUCUCGCAGUCUUGGCAUGGAACCUCUUGUCGAAGUGAACACCCCAGAUGAGAUGAAAAUCGCAGUUGAUCUUGGUUCUCAGGUCAUUGGUGUCAACAACCGCGACUUGACCAGUUUUGAAGUCGAUCUUGGCACAACCAGCCGUCUGAUGGACCAGGUCCCUGAGACCACAAUUGUCUGCGCCUUGAGUGGUAUUACUGGGCCCCAGGAUGUUGAAGCUUACAAGAAAGACGGCGUGAAGGCCAUUCUCGUUGGCGAGGCCCUCAUGCGGGCACCCGAUACCUCUGCAUUCGUCGCUCGCCUCCUAGGUGGAUCGUCGGAAGCAGUUGAAUCGUCUGUACCGCGCUCGCGCUUGGUCAAGAUAUGCGGCACCCGAUCUGAGGAGGCAGCCAAGGCUGCAAUCGAAGCUGGAGCUGAUCUCAUCGGCAUCAUCCUGGUUCAGGGACGAUCCAGGCUGGUUUCUGAUGAGGUUGCUAUCCGUAUCUCACAGACAGUCAAAUCGACACCCCGACCAGCGGGUCUCUCAUCAAAUCACGUUGAGGAGGAUUGCUCGCACGAAUGGUUUGACCAUUCUUGUAAAGUUUUGCGGCACCCAGGUCGUGCGCUGCUUGUGGGCGUGUUCCUCAACCAGCCUUUGUCGUAUAUUCUUACCCAACAACAAAAACUUGGGCUCGAUGUCGUGCAGCUCCAUGGAUCUGAGCCACUAGAGUGGUCGAGUUUGAUUCCCGUCCCUGUGAUCCGCAAAUUUGCGCCAGGGGAUCUUGGAAUAGCUCGCCGGGCCUAUCAUACCCUUCCCCUGCUGGACUCCGGUGCGGGUGGCUCUGGACAGCUGCUCGAGGAGGAUGGUGUGCAAAGGGUUCUCCGCUCUGACGACGGCCUGCGCGUCAUCCUUGCUGGCGGUUUGAAUCCCGAGAAUGUUGUUGAAAUUAUCAAGGGAUUAGGCGAAGCGGGAUCGAAAGUUGUCGGAAUCGAUGUUAGCUCGGGAGUGGAAACCAAUGGCGUCCAAGAUGUCAGCAAGAUUCGUGCCUUUGUGGAGGCUGCCAAAAGUGUUCCCUUCUAG